AGAGAGAUAGACGCUUCCUUUUACCUCCAGCUCAAAGACACCUCUCCCUGUCUUCUUCCUUUUCUCCUUCUGUCCUCUUCGUCAGGAACCGUACCCAGAACCGGAUCUGAACCUCUGUCCCACCUCCAGCUGCAGGAUGGAACGGAAACGAAUAAAGAUCGCGUGUGUGGGUUUGGGAAUUCUGGGCCUCAUUGCUGCCAUCAUCACCUGCGCCCUCCCCAGCUGGAAGGUUACCUCCUACACCGGACACUACAUUGUCAUGGCAUGGGUGCAUGAAGGUCUGUGGAUGGGGUGUGUGUACCAGAGCACGGGCCGGUAUCAGUGCAAAACCUAUGAUUCACGGCUACGCCUGGCCUCGGACAUCCAGGCGGCUCGUGCCAUGACCAUUGUGUGCUGCAUAGUGACGGUGAUCUCCCUGCUGCUCGUCACGUGCAUCAAAAACGAAGACACCAAGCCAAAGAUCUUCCUGGCGGCUGGCGUGGGCAUGCUCAUAGCCGGCAUGCUGCUCAUCAUCCCUGUCAGCUGGACAGCCAACAACGUCAUGAGAGACUCCAAAAACCCGCUGGUAUCAAUCGACACACAGCUGGGUCCAUGCAUCUUCAUCGGCUGGGCUGGGGGAUUGUUCCUCCUGCUGGGCGGAGGACUACUGUGCUGCUUCAGCCGCCCGCGAUCUGGAGGCACCGGAGGCACCGCCAUGUACCACAGCAACACCGCCUUGGCUCCAGCUAUCUAGAUAAAUGACAUCUCAAAUAGAAAACAUUUCACCUAGAGGUUUGACGAUGCGUUGGUAUAAAAGGGGCGGGGCAUUUCAGAAUGGGGAUUCAACUAAAUGUAGUAAAUAUUCCAGUUAAGCAGGUUUAUCAAUUUAACACAGUUAUAAAAAUAUCUAAAAUAGUAAACACUGUUAAUAUUACUAUUAAUACUAAGCUAUCAAAAAUAUUCAUUUUGUUCAAAAUUCUAUUUUGUUCUACAUUAUUUUUACUUUUUAAAAAUUUACACAAGUUAAAAUUAAAGAAGCAGCAGCUAAAGUUAAUCUAUACCAAGAUAAUCCGAAACUGUCAUUUUUUAAUCUGUAAUUCACACAAGGUAAAUUUAACAUACUAAAUACACACCUGAGUUAAAUCAUUUAUAUAUGGGCAGGGUUGGUUUUUUAUAUAUUUAUUUUAUAGCUUUUAGCUUUUUGCUGAUGGUUAGGAACUGUAAGUCAGGAUUUAGUCAGAGAAGAGCUUUUUAGACCCAUGUGAGAUAUAUGAUGUAUGAUUAGCUGUGUAUAAUGUUGCUUGGUAACAAAAAAUUAAUUAAAAUGAACAUUCCUGAUGAA